AUUUACUCGGUUUUAUAGAUAAAGCUCCGAUAUCAUUCGCCGAUUGGUUUAGACUUGACGUCUGCUGUGAAUAAAAAGCGCGCGUUCAGGUCGGGGUAAGAAGGUAAAAGACGUGUUCUGGAGUAAACAGUGGAAACGCUCACAGAUUUUUCUGCUGCAGAAAGCAUUGCCGUAGCUAUGAAGGUCGCCAUUUUUUUCGCCUGUCUCAUGUGUCUGGUCGCCGUCAUCGAGGUCAGGGGCUGGGAAUACGCGAAAGACUUUGCCGGAGGGGCCAGGGACAUGUGGAGGGCUUAUCAGGACAUGCGACAAGCGAACACGAUUGGAGCAGACAAGUACUUUCACGCCCGCGGGAACUAUGAUGCCGCGAGCAGAGGAACAGGCGGCCGACACGCCGCGGCCAUCAUAAGCAACGCCCGUGAGCUGUUCCAGGGUGGCAGCAGCGGGCGAGGUGCCGCGGAUUCCAGAGCCGACCAGGAGGCCAACAGGUGGGGCCGCAAUGGAGGUGACCCGAACCAGUACCGACCAAGGGGGCUGAACCCACGCUACUAGUCCGUGGAGAGACUGGGGAGCAAAGGAGGGUGAAAACAGAAUCGGUCAAAGAUUUCAUAGUGACUUUUCUAAUGGAGCUUAUUUGCUUGCAAAUAGUGGCACUAAGAUCUUGCUAGAUUGUGACAAUGAAAAAUUGUUUUACAUCCUGUGUGUUCUUGUUAAAUGAUUGUGCAUCAAUAAUUUGUAUACAAGUGUUUGAAACAUUCGUAAAUUGGGUUCUUAAAAUUACUUAAUAAUUAUAAAUGUACCACAAGGUUCUGUUUUAAAAGUUGUGACGCUUCAGUUUAACAUUUCUAUGUAAUGAUUUAUAUACAUGCAAUAAUUGUAUUACAUUUACAAACUACA